AUGAGUUCAACAAUGAGGCUGGCCACAGCAGUCCUGUUACUGGGUCUAAUCAUGGUGGUCACUGGAGGGGAGGAAGAAAAUGAUCCGUGUGUCUAUGAGGCCAUCUCCAACGAUGACGCCCUCUUGUGCAAGGGCCUUGAAGUUUUGUACCCAGAGCUGGGGAACAUUGGCUGCAUGUAUGUUCCUGACUGCAGCAACUACAGACAGAAGAUCACCCACUGGCCCGAGCCCAUAGUCAAGUUCCAUGGGGCCUUAGAGGAUGCAACCUAUAUCCUGAUCAUGGUGGAUCCAGAUGCCCCCAGCAGGUCUUCUCCCACAGCUCGCUUCUGGAGACAUUGGCUGGUAACAGAUAUCAGCGGCACUGAUAUGAAGAAAGGGAAGAUCCAGGGACAGGAGCUGUCAUCCUACCAGCCUCCCUCCCCACCAACACACACUGGCUUCCAUCGCUACCAGUUCUUCGUCUAUCUUCAAGAAGGAAAGACCAUCUCUCUCCUUUCCAAAGAAAACAAAACCCGAGGCUCUUGGGAUAUGGACAAAUUUCUGAACCGCUUCCACUUGAAUGAACCUGAAGCAUCCACCCAGUUCUUGACCCAAAACUACCAGGACUCAUCAGGCCUCCAGUCUCCUGGAGGAGGUGAGAAUGAGCCCAAGGACAAACCCAAGCAGUGA